AGAACCUUGAGUCCAUAUCCUUGAGUGGCAGCAUGUGGAGGAAGCCGAGUGACACUCCACCUUUUGGGCGGCUCUACCCUUAGGGCAGUUUGAUGGCUGAAGAUAUGCUUCACUCCAAUAAAAAGAAAAUGAACAUUUUCCAAGAGCAUUCGUAGGCUUCGAGCUGAGAGGACAGCACUUAGUUCCUGAGGUCUGAUAAUCAUUCUGUGCGGAAGUAACUACCAGGACCACGGCACCAUGGAUGUGGUAGGCGAAAACGAGGCCCUACAGCAGUUCUUCGAAGCUCAAGGGGCCAGUGGCACUCUGGGGAACCCGACGCUGGAUACAAGUCUGCUGGAGGAAUUCUUGGGCAAUGAUUUUGAUUUGGCGGCCUUGCAACGCCAGCUCCCAGAUACCCCACCCUAUUCUGCGUCAGACUCCAGCUCUCCUCCACAGAUCAAAGGUGCUUGCUGCCCGACUCUGACACCUGCUGCCGGGGGGAUGCCAGCUGCUUUCCUCCUCUCAGCAGAUGCUCCUGGGAUGCUGCCUGCACACCUGCCGCAGGGCUCGUCUGAAAUGAGCGACUCUGCUCAUUCCCACAGUACCUUUCACAACUGCUACCCAGACGCCCGUCAUCUCAGGACCCCUCUGGACCAGUCUGUGUCCUCCCAUCUGGGAACUGGUUGUUCUUACCAUCCGCAGCCUCUGUGCCACAGUCCUGGACCCUCAUUGCCACCGACCAAGAAGAGAAAGUGCACACAGGCGCUGGAAGACUCCGGGGACUGUCACGUGUGGGCCCACCACUCCAGACCAAUGACAAGUAGGAGUCACAGCAGCGAAGUGCAAGACCACGACAGUGAGAGACAGAACAUGAUGCCUGUGGACCAGUGCUCUCCUGCUUUGAAGUGGCAGCCAUACCGAAGCGUUCCUUGGCAUAGUUUAUUCAACAGUCAAUAUGAAAAACUACCUGAUAUAGGCUAUCGAGUUGUUACAGACAAAGGAUUUAAUUUUUCACCAGCAGAUGAAGCUUUUGUUUGCCAAAAGAAGAACCACUUUCAGAUUACCAUCCACAUCCAAGUUUGGGGAAGCCCAAAAUUUGUCAAAACUCAAAUGGGUCCAAAGCCAAUAGAAAUGUUCUACUUGAAAGCUUUUGGGAUUAAGGUAGAGGCCACCAAUCAGAUAAUUGCUAUUGAACAGUCCCAAGCAGACAGAAGCAAAAAGAUUUUCAAUCCUGUUAAAAUCGACCUGUUGGCCGACCAGGUAACCAAAGUAACGCUGGGCCGGUUACACUUCAGCGAAACCACGGCAAAUAACAUGAGAAAGAAGGGAAAGCCAAACCCUGACCAGAGAUACUUCAUGUUGGUGGUCGGACUGUAUGCUGCUAACCAAGACCAGUUCUACCUGUUGUCUGCUCACGUCUCUGAACGGAUCAUUGUAAGGGCCUCCAACCCUGGGCAAUUUGAAAAUGACAUUGAUGCAUUAUGGCAGCGAGGACAAGUUCCAGAAUCUGUUGUUUGUCAUGGUCGAGUGGGCAUAAACACAGAUGCACCGGACGAAGCCCUGGUUGUCUGUGGCAACAUGAAAGUGAUGGGGACGAUUAUGCAUCCCUCUGACAGCCGGGCGAAGCAGAACAUCCAGGAGGUUGACACAAAUGAACAGCUGAGAAGAAUAGCCCAAAUGAGGAUUGUCGAAUACGACUACAAGCCUGAAUUCGCAUCUGCGAUGGGAAUAAACACUGCCCAUCAAACAGGGAUGAUCGCCCAGGAGGUGCGAGAGAUCCUGCCCAGAGCCGUGAGGGAGGUUGGCCAUGUCACCUGUGAAAACGGAGAGAUGCUGGAGAACUUCCUCAUGGUGGAUAAGGACCAGAUCUUUAUGGAAAAUGUGGGUGCAGUGAAGCAGCUUUGCAAACUAACCAACAACCUUGAAGAAAGAAUAGAAGAGUUAGAAAUAUGGAACAGAAGGCUGGCCAGGCUGAAGCGGCUCAGUAGUUGGAAGUCCUCUGCCAGUGAAGUGAGCUCAAUCAGCAAAUGUAGCAGAGCUCUUAGUGCAUCUUCUCCAAAAAGGACCAUUCCCAAAAAACCCAGCAAGGUUUCUUUUUCAGGAAAAAAACAGUCGUGUCCCAAUUGGGUUUUCCAGACCUUGGUUAUAACUCUCAUUGCUGUGAUGGCAUUUUGUGGCUUGACAAUAGUCUCCCUUUACAUACUUAGCUUAAAAGAUCAAGACCGAUGUACCCCAAGUCUCCCUUUGAGCAACCUCACCAGCUCCCAGGAUCCGGCUCUGCCACCCACAGCUUCCCCCUUGGCACCUAAUACAUCUCUGGCAACCACACAACCCCCCUUCCAAGUACCAGAGAUCACUUUCUGUGAGAUCCUGCCAUGUCAGGAGACUUACUGCUGUCCCAACUGGAGAACAAGAAGAGUCCUCUCAAGCCCUGUGCAAAGACAGCCCAAGGAGAAGGAGCCCCAUCAGAGGCCAUGGGCAGGAGACAGGAGCACAUCAUUCUUGGCAGGACAGGCGCUAACCAACCUUGACUGGGGGAGCGACUGGAUUGAUACAACCAUCAGUUCUAUUCAGAUUAUGGAAAUCCAGCAAAUAAUAGAUCGUCGGUAUUGCAGUAGAAGCCUCCAGUGCGGGUCUGGAAAUUACAAUUACCAUAUUCCUGUUAAUAAGUACACACCUACCAAUGUCAAAUUCUCUCUGGAAAUCAACACAACAGAGCCAUUGAUAGUCUUCCAGUGCAAGUUCACCCUUGGAAGUAUGUGUUUCCAUAGUAAAAGGGAAGCCAAAGGCAUGCAAAGCCACCAAGAAGUCUCCCAGGAGAUGACACAGGGAUAUCAGCACAUUUGGAGCCUCCCUGCAGCCCCGUUCUUUGACAGCGCAUACCAUUUCCGGGUAGCUGCGCCCGAUUUAGCUGACUGUUCAACGGAUCCUUAUUUUGCUGGGAUAUUCUUUACAGACUACUUCUUUUACUUCUAUCGACACUGUGUCUAAUUUAUUCAAGUUUGUUUGGGGACUUUACCAAAGAAAAAUACUCAAAUACAGUUAACGGAAACUUACAACCUCUUGCAACUUCUUUCUUCUCUUUGUAAAACAUUCACAUUUAUUGCCAAAGGGCUUUUUCCAGGCUUUGGCUUCCAACAGUUUUGAGACAUUAAUGAGGAGAAUAAAGUGUUUGCUGGAA